AUGGUUCCCACCGUCACACUACCAUACUAUGCGUCUGACAUACCUUGCCCGCUACCCACAACUUCAGAGAUCGAUGCAGCAGCACCCAACAUAUCCCUAGCAUAUGGAGGACGAAGAAUCGUUGAAAUUGGAGAACAUUCGGUAGUGAAGUUUGGAAAAGGCGUGAACCUUAUCGAAGGAGAGAACAUGGUGUUCUGCUCUGCUCGGUAUAUUCAGCAGAAUGAUCAGCAGUUGUUCCUCAAGAAUUCGAAAGUCUUUCUGCUCUUCGCGACGACCUCGGAUCCUUCACCCUCGCAGCCUUGGACACCCCCAGCCCGUGAGAGCCUUGACGACGACGGAAUGUGCACGACAGUCAACAGUCGCCUCCCAUGGGGAUCUUUUCCGCUACACUUCCGGAAGAUGGCUGUAAGUGCUUUGACAUAUCCGCUCAGCGUUAAUGAACACCUGCGUUUAUCGGAAUGCUUCCUCGAAUUUGAUGUGCUUGCGCUUCAAAACAUCGUUUCCACUGCAUCUGGUCAUUCAGUAUCCGAACUCGUAUCCUUUACCAAAUUAUCAGAAGGUGGUUUCAACCGUGUGUUUGAGGCUACCUUCAGCGAUGGAAAUACAGCGCCAGAGCAUUACACUGUAUAUGCCUGGUGCUCAACGAAAGCCAAUCCAGUUGGAGCUGAGUAUAUUGUUAUGGAGAAGCUGGAUGGUACUCCUCUCGGCAAUAGAUGGUUUUCAUUGGCCCCAAAGGACCAGUAUAAGAUAAUGACACAAAUAGUUGAAUUGGAGACGCGCUUGAUGUCGUUGAAGUUUCCUGCCUCAGGGAGUCUCUACUAUUUGAAGGAUCUUCCAUCCGAAAAGAGGACAAGGCUAGACGAUCCGAACAGCAUGGAGUUCUGCAUAGGGCCAAUAGCCCAUUAUAGUUGGUGGCAUGACGAGAGGGGCAUUAUGGAUAUUGACCGCGGACCCUGGCCAUCAUCAAUCGACCUUUUCCGAGCAGCUGGAGAACGUGAACUGACCUGGGCUAAAGCCUAUGCAAAGCCUCGCUUGCCCUAUGAGCGGCUGUAUAGGGAAAUCUACAGAUUCAAAUGUGUCUCGCCCGAUAGUCACAUCGCAGAUCUUCCGAAUAAUAUUCUCGUGUCUGACAAGAACGACAUAAUUGGACUCAACUAUGGCGAUCCGGAGUCAGAAAUGCUCAAACAACCUCAGCUUAACCUGCCCUCUGAUUACGAUUCCAUGUCACCGUCCGAGCAGACUUCGAUCAAAGAGAUUCAUCGCAGAAGAGUGGUUCAUUUCCUGUACGCCGCAUUGACUAAAAGACUAAAUCAAGAUCAUUAUGAUGCUAUCUUCGACCAGUCUGUUAUACUCCGCCAACGCCUUUUCAAGAGUGCCGGUACACCCUGGGAAGGGGACUCGGUCUCAUUGCGAGCUGAGCUCAUUCGCUCGAUAUCGAACUGGUCAGCCAUCGUCCAGACUACUGAUGUUGCUCCUCCGGUAGAGUAUCCAGAAGAUGUUGUCCGGGAGACCUUUGACUUGGACAUGCAGCAAAAAGAAGCCGAUGUGGCAAUGGAACAGAUGCGACAUGCUUUAGGUGUCGAUGUUUUGGGCUGGGUUCCAAAUAAAGGUUAUGAGGCUGCGAGAAGACUGGCAUGUGACAUGAGGGCUCAAAUGUUUGAGGCGGCAGAGACUCCUGAUGAGGUUAUUGCUAUCCGAGAUCAUUUCCCUUUUGAUGAUUUUGACGAGAGGGGUUAAUGCAGUUCUUGAGGAAUGGGUGAGGUUUUGAUGAUAAAUGCUCGCCAUAGCACCAGUAGGCCCGACGAUUUAUCCUGAGCUGCCUACUUUGAAAGCAUAUAUUGGGCGCAGCUCAGGUGUCUUGAUCCAGAUAGUCACCAUAAUGUAUAGAUCCCAAAUGUAGAAUAAUACGACAGAUG